AGGGGAGCGAAACCACCAUGUUGGGAGCGGUAUUCGGGCGGCGGCAUGUUCCUGCUGGCGUUUGACAUCGAGUUUGCAGACGAGGCGUGGGAGAGAGCGUGCUUUGCGGCCAUUGGAUCCACUAUCACCGCUCCUUGCUUCCAAGGGCUCGCCUGCACACGCCGUGGCAAGCGCUUCCUCCUCCAGUGCUGGUUCAAGCACGCCCUCGUCGAGCAACUCCAGGACCUCAGGUCACAACUCCUGCACUACGUGCACCACCAGAUGACAUGCCCCGUCCGCAUUGUUGAACGAGUGUUUCCGUGACCACCAGACGCACACGUGAUGGCCGAUCACCAUGCAGUGACGUCGAAGUGUGUGUGUGUGUGUGUGUGUGUGUGUGUGUGUGUGUGUGUGUGUGUUCAGCACGUGUUGCGCACAAUCGUUCGAUUGUUCAUAGCAGUACCAUGGUCUUGUUACUUGCUCUCUCCCCACCCGUAUUGUGUGCACUUCCGCGAUUGACUGAUGCCAGUGAUGUGACCUGUGUUCCCCUCCUUUAUUUGUUUGAUUUGAACCCAUUGAUUGGUGAUUUUGUGUUUGUUCAUCCCUCGAGUCGCCACGACGCGCUCUCCCGUUACAGCGUCACCAGCAUUGAACUUUUCAUUUCGUCA